GGAAAGACAUUACUAUAGGUGGAAUAUGGUGCCAACCCUUAAAAUAGAGCACUCCCUACUCUUGUCUCCACUACUAACCAAAAAGAUGUUACUAAAUAACUAAGUAUGUCAUUAACGCCUUGUGCUAUAUAAACAAAUCUAUCGCCAGACCAAAACAAUCAUCACACCGUAGAUUUCAUUACAAACCGUUGAAAUAAGAAAAGAUGGGAAGUGGAAUGAUAACUGUAAUGGUUGUAGCAAUAGCUUUCUUCAUGAUCGGUUCCGACAAUGUCAACAUGGCGACAGCUCAGCUCUGUGGAGCUAACCUGUCGGGACUGGUGAAUGAGUGUCAACGUUACGUUAGCAACGCCGGACCAAAUUCUCCGCCGCCGUCUCGGUCUUGUUGUGCUCUGAUCCGUCCUAUAGAUAUACCGUGUGGUUGUCGCUACGUUACUAGGGAUGUUAUGAACACUUUUGAUAUGGACAAACUGAUUUACGUUGCUCGUUCUUGUGGCAAGAAGAUUCCAUCUGGCUAUAAAUGUGGAAGUUACACCAUUCCGGCGGCUUAGUUAAAGAGAAGGAUAUAUGCCAACAGAACUUGAGUAAAAAAAUUAAUAAGAUGUAUUUAUUUUUGAAUAAUGACGAUGAUGAUUACGAUGACAGGAUUUGGGUCUUGUAAUAAGUUUAUGUAAAUCAAAAUGGAGGUCAUGGUUGGAAGGUAAUAAGAUGGUAAUAGUUUGUGAGCAUUCA